UUAAUUUUUUUGUAAAUACAGCCCUGUGUUUUCCAACAACAUUGCUAACUUGCGCUGGUAAAUUUGUGCUAUAACUUCUGUUAAAAUUGCAGAUAUUACUGCAUUUUUGAAAAAUGAUCCGUGCACCGCUUAUUAAAGCUUUGGGCACAUUUGGCUCGCCUACUCAUCGCAUUUCGAGCAAGGCGGUACGCACCAGUGCUGCUUUGGCACAGACACCUGCAAAAGCUCCAGAGAAGAUAGAGGUAUUCGUUGAUGACAUUCCCGUGCUAGUAGCCCCAGGCACCACUGUGCUUCAGGCUGCAGCUGUUGUAGGUGUUGAAAUUCCUCGCUUCUGUUACCAUGAACGUUUGGCAGUAGCUGGUAAUUGCCGUAUGUGCUUAGUAGAAGUAGAAAAAAGUCCCAAACCAGUUGCAGCAUGUGCAAUGCCUGUUAUGAAAGGUUGGAGGAUUAAAACAAAUUCUGAAAUGACACGAAAGGCACGAGAAGGUGUUAUGGAAUUUUUACUUAUGAAUCACCCAUUGGAUUGUCCUAUUUGUGAUCAAGGUGGUGAAUGUGACUUACAAGAUCAAGCAAUGGCAUUUGGAUCGGAUAGAUCUCGUUUUACUGAUAUAAAUCAUACCGGAAAAAGAGCUGUUGAAGACAAAGACAUUGGGCCUUUAGUAAAGACUAUAAUGACACGUUGCAUACAUUGUACGCGCUGCGUUCGGUUUGCUUCAGAAAUUGCGGGUGUAGAUGACUUAGGCACUACUGGCCGAGGAAAUGAUAUGCAAAUUGGUACAUAUGUUGAAAAAAUGUUCCUAACGGAAUUAUCAGGAAACAUCAUUGAUUUGUGCCCAGUUGGUGCGCUUACCAAUAAGCCCUAUAGUUUUGUAGCGCGUCCUUGGGAAAUACGCAAGAUAAGUACUAUCGAUGUGUUGGAUGCUGUUGGUAGUAACAUUGUUGUUAGUACACGCACAAAUGAAGUUUUACGAAUUUUGCCUCGCGAAAAUGAUGAUGUCAAUGAAGAAUGGUUAGCAGAUAAAUCACGUUUUGCCUGUGAUGGUUUAAAACGUCAGCGUUUGGUUGCACCAAUGGUUCGCGCACCGAAUGGAGAAUUACAAGCUGUAGAAUGGGAAGGAGCUUUAAUUGCUGUUGCGAAAGCCAUUAAAAAUGCUAAAGGUUCUGUUGCAGCUGUAGCUGGUCAACUUGCAGAUGUUGAAGCAAUGGUUGCCGCUAAGGAUUUGCUGAACCGCAACGGAGCUGAAACUUUAGUUACUGAACAAGGGUUUCCUAAUAAAGGUGCUAGUACCGAUUUACGUGCUAACUACAUUUGUAACUCAACAAUUGCAGGUUUGGAGGAAGCUGAUGCAGUUUUACUUAUUGGUACAAAUCCACGUUAUGAGGCACCGCUAGUCAAUACACGUUUACGCAAGUCAUAUGUCCAUAAUGAAUUAGAAAUUGCUUCAAUUGGGCCAAAAGUUGACCUGUCAUAUAAGCAUGAAAAUUUGGGCGAUGACGCUGGCAUGAUAUCUCGCGUUUGUACUGGUGGACAUAAUUUCUCAAAAGUUUUAGAAAAAGCAAAAAAACCCGCAAUUAUAAUUGGUGCUGAUAUACUAGAACGCAAGGAUGGUGAAGGAAUUUUAGCGACUGUAGCAGCAUAUUGCAAGAAGUUGAACAAACCAAAUUGGAAUUCGUUCAAUGUUUUGCAAAACAAUGCAGGCCAAACUGGCGCCUUUGAUGUUGGUUAUCAACCAGGAAUACAAGAAGUAAUUCAAAAGAAACCAAAAGUUUUAAUUCUACUUAAUGCAGAUGCUGGCAAAAUUACAAGAGAACAGUUGCCGAAGGAUUGUUUUGUAGUGUACAUUGGACAUCAUGGUGAUAAUGGAGCAUCAAUCGCUGAUGCAGUAUUACCUGGUGCCGCUUAUACCGAAAAACAGGCUAUUUAUGUUAAUACUGAAGGUCGUGCUCAACAGACAUUGAUGGCAGUCUCUCCACCAGGCAUGGCGCGAGAGGACUGGAAAAUUUUAAGAGCAAUUUCUGAAGUUAUAGGUACUCCAUUGCCAUAUGACACUCUUGAUGAAUUACGAAAUCGAAUUGAGGAUAUAGCGCCACACUUGACUCGUUGCGGAACUUUGCACCAAGCUGCGUUCAGUGGACUUGCUGAACAAGUUGCCACUUCUAAGUCGAUUGACAACACCAAAAUUGACGUGAAACUAAAGGAAUUACGUGAUUACUUUAUGACCGAUGCGGUAUCCAGAGCCUCCCCUACAAUGGCAAAGUGUAUAUCAGCAUGCAAUAAAGAACAGGCUAAGCAGAAGCAAAGAGCUGUUUGUUAAUUUAAUAGUAAAUAUCCUAAUUAAUUAGUAAAUUGAUUGAUUGUCCGUAUUCGCAACAAUGUAAAACUGCAGAUAAAGGAAUGUAAACGAAGUAGUUUGGGUAGAAAUAUUGUAACCAAAUUCAACUCUUCAAAUAUAUUUUUUGUUAGAAUACUAUUA